CCCCAUUCGUCCCUCCGACAAUCCCAUCCGUCCACUCACCCUCCUCUGCCCCAUCCUGCCCAUCCCAAUCCAACGUAAAAUACACAUAUAUACGUGCCCGCGCCUAACCUACAAGUAUAUCUCCCUUUCCCCCCACCUCCUCCCCACACCCGCCAUACAUACAUACAUACCUACAUACCUACAUACCGUAUAUAUACACCCAUCCAACCACCAAAACCCAUUACAUGUCCGCCCAAACAUUUCAACCCACCACCGCCACCCUCUAAAGCAAUCCCCAAUAUCAUGAUGCCGGACGACAUAAAUGGUUUCAUAGCUCUCGUGGCGUUCAUAACAGUGCUGACGAUAUUUGGCACGAUCGGGAGGUUAUGUAUACUAAGGCGGAGGCCCAGAACACUCGCGGUGAACAUUAGUGACGCUGCGUUCGUGCUGUUCACCGUUUUGAUGGUCGCGACGGCCGGGAUUGCGUAUGAUGUGGUUCUCCAGGAGCUCCGCAUCCGGCGGGACUUUGGGGAUCAGGCCAUUCCACACAUGUUGUUUACGGAGGGAUAUCUGAAGGAAUUCUUCGCCAUUACCCUAUUCUGCACGACGCAGGUUUGGUUACUAAAGGCCGCAUUCUUGGGAUACUAUUGGAGUUUAAGAGAAACUCUUACGGAUAGGAUUAAAUUUCUGCUGUAUGCUGUGUCGGCGUAUUGCCUUGUGACAUAUAUUGGGGUUCUAUCCUUUCAAUUUGCCUAUUGUCACCCAAUAUCUACGAAUUGGUCCACCGGCUCAGAUAGAUGCCUAGCAACCCUCACCGUCCCGGGGAUGAUACUCCAGCAAUGGACAAACAUAACCAGUGACAUAAUGGUCCUAAUAGUCCCCCUCUUCACAAUCUCAACCCUAAACCUCGGCCGCAAGGACCUCUACGCCUUAAGCGUAGUCUUCUGCAUCGGCGCCCUCUCCAUCGCUGCGUCGGUAGUGCGCUUCACGCAGGUCUACUACGUAGUAAUGCACGCCGACAACUCCAUCGAGGCGAUCCGGAGAACGCUGGUGUGGGCCGUUAUCGAGAAGCUGUUCGCCUUCACGGCCUUCUGCUUGCCGUGUCUCAGAGUGUUUUACAGGAAGAGGCAUUCCGGCAGCGGGUGUCUGCCAGCGGAGAAGAAGACUUUGUUUUCUACGAGUAGUCACUCGAAUUCCUGUAGGAGUGGGGGCGGAAGUGGGCGGUCUUGUUAGACGAGGAAGGGGAGUGUAUAAUUCAAGGGGUUUUUUUUCUUUUUCUUCUUCUAGGAGGGUUAAGCGUUUAGGAUUUUUCAGCGGAGAUAUCAUGUGGUUAGUUAGCUGGCACUGUAGUUAUCGUAGAUGGAGUCGGGCGUUUUUUUCUUCUCCCUUUUUCUUCCCCUUCCCUUUGUUCAAAGGAAUGGAACCGGGUUUCUAUUCAGCUUUAGGCAUUUACCGAAAAGUAGCAUAUCCAUCUGGACAAGAAGAAUCAAACAUUGUCAUAUCAAUG